AUGACAAACAAAAAUUUCAACGGUGGAGCAUUAUUCCCGGAGAAAAACAAUAUCCGUCGCCGGAAAUUCGGAGCCCUUCUGUACUCCGAUCCAGAAGACGAUAAUGAUUUCUCUUCACCUCGAAACAGCACCGUUUCCGCAGGCACCGCCUCCAUGUCGUCCGCUCCAACGACCAGCGCCACUUCUUCUCCAUACAUGUCUCCAUGGAAUCAACCCUCUCCUUACACAAAAUCUCCAUGGAUAGGGACUGUACAUCUCCUUGAAGACGAUGAUUAUCAAUACACAAACUUGCACAAACACGGCCUUAUCGGAUCCCUAGUACGAGAAGAAGGUCAUAUCUAUUCGUUAGCAGCCUCCGGGGACUUGCUGUACACAGGAUCAGAUAGCAAAAAUAUUCGGGUCUGGAAGAACUUGAAGGACUUCUCGGGUUUUAAAACAAACAGUGGAUUAGUCAAAGCCAUUGUUGUGUUGGGCGAUAAGAUUUUCACCGGCCAUCAAGAUGGAAAAAUCCGCGUUUGGAGAUUUUUAGGAAAUAAGAGAAAAGCGUAUAAGCGUAUUGGAAACUUGCCGACCACCGGAGAUUAUUUGAAGAAAUCUAUGAAUCCAAAAAACUACGUUGAAGUACGAAGACGUCGGAAUGUUCCAUGGAUUAAGCAUUUCGAUGCAGUCUCCAGUAUGAGUGUGGAUGUUGAACAAGGGUUCUUGUAUUCAGGUUCUUGGGAUAAAACCCUAAAAGUAUGGAGAAUUUCUGAUUCGAAAUGCUUGGAAUCCAUUACAGUCCAUGAUGAUGCAGUUAACUCGGUGGUGGCGGCUUUUGAUGGGCUAGUUUUCACCGGCUCUGCCGAUGGAACGGUGAAGGCGUGGAGGAGGGAGCUGGUGGAUAGGAAUAUAAAACAUGUGCUGGUGGAGACGUUAUUGAAGCAAGAAAAUGCAAUAACUUCGCUAGCAGUGAGCGCCAGGGCGGGGGUGCUGUACGCAGGGUCCUCCGAUGGACUGGUGAAUUUCUGGGAGAGGGAAAAGCACUUCAUGUCGUACGGCGGCGUGCUGAGGGGCCACAAACUGGCGGUGCUCUGUUUGGCAGUGGGUGAGAACUUGGUGUUGAGCGGGUCCGCCGAUAAAAGCAUUUGCGCGUGGCGAUGGGAAGAGGGUGGCGUCCACACCUGCGUCUCCGUGCUGACUGGGCACACUGGGCCGAUAAAGUGCUUGGCGGUGGAGAAGGACCACCAGGAGGAGGACGCGCAGAAGGGGGACCAGCAUUUGAUAGUGUACAGUGGAAGCUUGGACAAGUCUGUAAAGGUUUGGAGAAUUUCAGAGCACGCGUCAAGCUUGAAGGAAUUACAAGAAACGUGA